CGGCCGCAAGGCCUUCACAUUUUAGUCCUUGACCUCAUCGAAGUUCUUUUCCAUUGGACAACCACCGCGUCAUUAAUUCUUCGCCGCCCCGGAAGUCAUCACCCCUUCCCCCCGCGCGUGUGCUUUUCGUCUCGUUCUUUUUCCUUUCUCCGUUUCCCCCUUUCUCUUUUCAUUAAGGGCCGCACAUCAUGGCCGACCAAGAGGUUGAUCUGGACUCGAUCAUCGAUCGGCUCCUGGAAGUGAGGGGUAGCCGCCCUGGCAAGCAGGUGCAGCUGCUUGAGUCGGAGAUCCGCUAUCUCUGCACCAAGGCCCGGGAAAUCUUCAUCUCCCAGCCCAUUCUGCUCGAGCUUGAGGCUCCCAUCAAGAUCUGCGGUGAUAUCCACGGUCAAUACUACGAUCUUCUGCGUCUUUUCGAAUACGGUGGAUUUCCCCCGGAGGCCAACUACCUGUUCCUCGGUGACUACGUCGACCGUGGCAAGCAGUCUCUUGAGACCAUCUGCCUGCUUCUCGCCUACAAGAUCAAAUACCCUGAGAACUUCUUCAUCCUCCGUGGCAACCACGAGUGUGCCUCCAUUAACCGUAUCUAUGGAUUCUACGACGAGUGCAAGCGCCGAUACAAUAUCAAGCUGUGGAAGACCUUCACCGACUGCUUCAACUGCCUGCCCAUUGCGGCCAUCAUUGACGAGAAGAUUUUCACCAUGCACGGUGGUCUGAGCCCCGACCUGAACUCGAUGGAGCAGAUCCGCCGAGUUAUGCGUCCCACCGAUAUUCCCGACUGCGGUCUUCUCUGCGAUCUGCUGUGGUCCGAUCCGGACAAGGAUAUCACCGGUUGGAGCGAAAACGACCGCGGUGUCUCCUUCACAUUCGGCCCCGACGUUGUGUCACGCUUCCUCCAGAAACACGAUAUGGACUUGAUAUGCCGUGCUCAUCAAGUUGUGGAGGACGGUUACGAAUUCUUCUCGAAGCGCCAGCUGGUCACGCUAUUCAGCGCACCCAACUACUGCGGUGAAUUCGACAAUGCGGGUGCAAUGAUGAGCGUCGACGAGAGCCUGCUCUGCUCCUUCCAGAUUCUGAAACCAGCGGAAAAGAAACAAAAGUACGUUUACGGGAGCAUGAGCUCCGGCGGGCCCGCCGCCACUCCUCCGCGCAAGCAAAAGAAGAAAUAAAGGAACAAAUACGAGCUUUCCCAUGUGCAGCAGGUUCGGGCGGAGAUAAGCCUUUUUUUUCACAACAAUCCCGAAGUCGUCACGCUAAACAAUCCCCGCCAUGACAUCCAACUCUUUCCUCCAACCUCCAUGAGUUCCACCCCCCAUCAGACCGACGAAGCGAUGAACGACCGAGGAAUCCCUCCAGCCGGGGCAGCCCACCACCACACCCUCCCUUGAAUAUCUCUCACACCCUCCGCUAAUCCCUUCUUCUCUAUCCGGGCUCCCCGUGCGGAAUGCGACCCCCGCCAUCAUUUCCUGGCCGACACGCGACUGCAACCUCUGUUAACAUCCGGAUCGGAAUUUCUCUUUUUUUCCUUCGACU